GGGAACUCUAGCCGCUCGCAGUGUCUAUUAUUAUUAGACGGCCAUCUUUGUACCCCCAUAGAGACAAAAAGAGGGUGGAAUUAUGAAUAUUCGCCUAGAAUAUGGAUGUGGCUGAAGCUCAGUGUGCCAUUCUCGGCCUGCUCGGACAGGUGUCAGCGGAAGCCCUGCCUAAAGUUAUCCACUGGAUGAAACAUAGCAGUGACAUUGAAGAAUUGACCACAAGUAACAAUGAUGUCAUACUGCAGAGUAUCGCGGAGGAUUUGAGAAGCUUUUUGCCCCUGGAGGCGAUGGUCAGCACGGAAAACCAAGCAAUUCAGGCUAUUGAGAAUCUUGAGCAGCCCACUCUUCAUGUGGAUGCCUUUUUAUAUGAUGAUGACACCAUCGACUCUCUGUGUAAAGAGGGAAAAAUGAGUCGCGAUUACUGUUUAUCCUGUGGAUCCAGAAAAACAGCUCCGUUAGAGUUUCUUUCCCAUUCUUUUUCUCCGGUGGAGCUCAAGUACCUUUUCCAGCACGCACUGCCGGACCUGGCCGGGAAAACCCUGGUUGAUGUUGGAUCCAGACUGGGUGCCGUUUUAUAUGCGGGUUAUGUUUAUAGCUCUGCCAGCCGUUUAUGCGGAGUGGAAAUGAACGCCGAAUUUUGUGAUCUGCAGCAGAAGAUAAUACAGAAAUAUCAGUUUGCAGACCGAAUCCAGGUGUACCACUCAGAUGUUUGUAGCCAGAAGUCUCUUCUUCAAGACGCCGACGUUGUUGUCUUAAAUAACGUUUUUGAGUAUUUCCUUAACAAAAAGGAACAAAUAAAAGCCUGGACGUUUCUGAAUGAGAACAUCAGGAAAAAGGGAAGUCUUGUAGUCACUGUACCGAGCUUAAAGGAGUCUUUAGAAAAACUUCAGAUGAACAUAAAGCUGGAUCAGUGGGUGGAAGAGAUUGAACUGGACUCCGAUGUCUACUUAGGAGAAGACACGGAUCAGCAAGCACUCAGUGAUAUUCACUUAUACGCUAUUCGAUAGGAUAUUCUCUCGUAUGAUCUUUACAUCACCGCGG